AUGGAGAUGGACGAUGCUCCGCCGGACGACACAGAAUAUCCUCCCACCUACUUUGCCCAUCCGGAGCAUCGCCAGCUCAUGUUUGCUCACAUUGCCCUCAUGACACUGGCUUGGGUGAUUUUCCUUCCCGUUGCCGUCUUCUUGUCGCUGGCCAAGUCUCGCUACGUUCUCCCGUCGCAGUUCGUCUUCCUGGGCACCAAUGCGCUGGGCCUGAUCCUGGGAACUAUCUACAACGCUUCAACGCCGGAUCUGUUCCCCAACAACGCCCACCACCGCGUUGGCUGGGUCAUCACCUGGGUCGUCUCAGCGCAGGUCGUGGUGAGCCUGCUCCGGCGCGUUGGCGGGGCCUUCAAGGGCUCCGACAGCGAGCUAGCCGAAGAGCGCCGCUCCUUCAUCCCACUUGCCACGGACGCCCCGGAAGCUAGAAGCAACUACUACGGCGAUCGCCUGUCCAACGACAGCGGCCAGGGCUCGGAGCCGACCACUGAGUCCCUGCGCAGCAAUUCCAUCUCAACGCUGGGCGACCAUGAGCACCAGCCCAUGUCCACUUUCAACAAGGAAUUGGACGAGGAGGAGGAGGAUGACUUCGAUGGCCCAAUUAUGCCCAUGCCCGAGGUGAAGCCGCAGAGCAAGACGACUUUGAUGGCGAUCAAGGUGUUGUCUUCCAAGGUCUGGAAGUAUAUCGAUUUUGGAUACAAGGCUGUGGAUCGCAUCAUCCUGCCCUUUGGCUUUAUUGCGUAUACUUCUGGCAUCGCCACCUAUGGACGACUUUUUGAGGGCCCUGCAAUUUUUAAUGGACUCGCUCACUGGAUCAAGGGAGGAAUCUUCUUCUGGAUGGGUCUUCUUACGCUGGGUCGCUGGGCGGGAAGCUUCUACGAAUCGGGGUGGUCGUGGAAUCUGCGUCGUCAGAGGAAAGCUGGCCAGCGCUGGGUUCCCUCCGCGGAAUUCGUUGAGAGCGGUCUGAUUGCCUUCUACGGCGCCACCAAUAUCUUCCUGGAGCACCUGGGCAGCCAAGAUGGCGUCUGGAGACCCAGUGACCUGGAGCAUCUCUCCAUCACCGUCCUUUUCCUUGGAGGCGGUUCGGCCGGUUUGCUUGUUGAAUCUACACGAAUGAGAGACCUGCUAAACACCAUGGUGACAAUCCCAAGCCAAGUGGAGCCUUCCGACGAAGAGCGCGCUGCCCUCGAGUCUCCUGCAACUUAUGAGUUCUCCAGCAAUCCCCUUCCGGCUCUGAUCAUCCUCUUCCUCGGUAUCAUGAUGGGCGGACACACUCAAACAUCAGCGACAGGCACCAUGGUUCACAAGCAGUGGGGCGAUUUGCUAUUUGGCGCUGCGUGUGCCAGAAUGCUCACAUAUGUCAUCAUGUGGCUAAAGCCGCCCAAGUCGAUUCACCCAUCGCGACCCCCGACUGAGCUUCUGGCAUCGUUUGGCCUCAUUGCCGGUGGCAUUAUUUUCAUGUAUAGUAGCGCCGAUACCGUCAAGGGCAUGCUUCAUUACAAGAUCGAUGCUAUGCCCCUCUACACGAUGGUGUUGGGCGCAACAGGCUUGUUUAUGGCUUGGGAGCUUCUCGUUUUGGCUCUCAAGGGAUGGGCAAUUCGUAAGGAGCGCAAGUCUCGGGCACCUGCCUUUGCCUAG